AUGUUAAAAUAUGAAAGAUAUGAUCCAGUAGUAAAUAAAACAUCAAAGAAUACACGAGAUUUUGUUUUAUCAAAACUAAAUGAAAAAAUUAAAAGAAAACAUAAAGAAAAUCAAGAAAAUGAAGAGCAACAAUGUAAAAAAAAACAGAAAAAAAAUAUAUUAAAUGAAGACAAUGAGCAAAAAAAAUCUUGCUUAGAUGCUUUAGAAGUAGAAUUUGUAUCAGAUUUUCAAAAAAAUGAUACAAACAAACUUAACGUGGAAUGUUCAUCUCAAAAUAACCAGUUAAUUGAAAAUCAUAAUCAGGAGGCAGAAAAAGUACCAGAAACUACAGAAACAUGUAAUAAUAUCUUUGGUUUAUUUUCAAAUACAAUGAAAGUUGCUUCAAAUUCUAAAUUACCACUUGACGACCACUCUAUACAUUUAAGUAAUGAAUUUAAAUAUCAGUUACGAUCUAGAAAUUAUACAGAAUUGUUUCCUGUACAAAAAGUAACAAUUCAAUUGAUUCUGGAUAAUCCAAGUAGUUGUAAAGAAGAUCUUUUUAUUGGCGCACCUACAGGAAGUGGAAAAACUCUUGCAUAUGUAAUUCCUAUUAUUCAAAUGCUUUUGAAAAGAAAAAUUAUUCGUUUACGAUGUGUGGUAAUUCUCCCUACAAAAGAACUUGUUUCUCAAGUUAGGGAAUGCUUUGAACAAUGUAUAGGUGGAAGUGGAUUAAAAAUAGGCAUAAGUACAGGACAAAGAUCUUUUACUCACGAACAAUCUAGACUUGUUGGAAAUAUAAAACAUUACUUUGCUGGAGGACAAAGUUUAGUUGAUAUUUUGAUAUGUACUCCUGGAAGAUUAGUUGACCAUAUUCAAAAUACUCCUAACUUUUCAUUACAACAUUUAAAAUAUUUAGUUAUCGAUGAAGCAGAUCGUUUACUUAGUCAAAGAUUCCAAAAUUGGAUUGAAAUUGUUAUGAAUGAAAUUGAAAAACCUAAAUCUUAUAAAGAUUCUAAUUAUAAAUUAGCAACAGAUCUUCCUGAUGCAGUUAAUGAUCCUCUUAAAUUAAUAUUUCAUGACGAUUUUGUUGUGGAAAAAAAGUCUUAUAUUACUCAGAAGUUAAUUUUUUCUGCAACAUUAACAUGUAAUCCUGAAAAAGUAAUAAGUUUACGAUUACGAAAUCCACGAUUAAUUCUUAUUGAAGAAUCAAAAUCUAGCUUAAGUAAAUAUUUCUCUGAAAAUAAAGUUUCUAUAAGAAAUGAUGAUAUAUGUAAAUUUUUUGUUCCUUCUGCAUUAAAUGAAUAUGCUGUUUUAAUAGAAUCAGAUGCUAAGCCAUUGUAUUUAUAUUAUUUAAUAGAAAUACAUAAAAUGAAAGGUGUAUUAUGUUUUGCUAAAUCUAAUGAAUCCGCUGCACGACUUUUUAAAGUAUUAGUUUUCAUUCAUGAAAGUCUUAUAUCAGAGUCAUCUAAAUUAAUUGAAACAUUUGAAUUGUUUACAAAUGAUGUUUCUAAAAAACAAAAAAAUAUAGCUUUGGAAAAAUUUAAAAAUGGUAAUAUAAAAGUAUUUAUAUGCUCUGAUAUUAUGGCAAGAGGAAUUGAUUUACCGCAAAUUUCUCAUGUUAUCAAUUAUGAUAUCCCUCAAACACCAAGACAGUAUAUUCAUCGUGUUGGUCGUACUGCUAGAGCUGGAAAAUCUGGACAAGCAUGGACAUUAUAUCAAGAAUUCGAAUUUAAAAAAAUUCAAAAAAUAUUAAAAAAUAUAGGACGUGAAAAAGAAGUUAUAUAUGAAAAAAUAUCAGCUACAAUUUUUACUAAUGAAUACAUGAUAAGUUAUAAAUCAGCUUUAAAGAAGUUGAAACAAUAUAUUAAAAAAAAGACAAACUAG